AUGGCGGAUUCAGCAGUGGUUGAUGAGGCUAUGGACACGUCGCCGCCGGUCGGAAUUCAGAAUAUCAAAAACUACGCGAUUGGACAAGUUCUCGAAGCCCACAAGUCAGAUGCCAAGUCCCUGGCGCUCACCGAUACCGGAGUGCUCAUAUCGGGCGGUCGAGACGAGACAGUGCAGUGGUGGGGCCCGCGAGCUGGAAAAUAUUCGAAAAUUUUGUCAUUCGCUCAACCGAAGAACAUCGCUGUCAACUCGAUAGCCUACGCGGAUUUGGCAGAUGGAUGGAGGCUUUUCGUGGGUCGGAAAGACGGAUCUAUUGCUGUCUACGCUUCUGGCAACUCGGAACCGAUCACUAUUUUCAAUGAGCACACACAAAACGUGUGUUGCCUGCAUAUAAACCAGAAAGCCACACAUAUGCUUAGUGGAUCAUGGGAUGCAAAUGUAAUGAUUUUCCCGAUUGCAGAGCUAAACAAACCAAGUUUUACGGUAAGAGAAGUUCACAAGUGUGUUGGACACAGCCUCUCCGUCUGGGCGCUCGCUUCGUUCCCGGAAAACCCAGACACGUAUCUGACCGCCAGUGCCGAUAAAACCAUCAGAAUGUGGCACAACACCAACACCAUCAAUGUCUUCAAGGGACACACGGAUGUGGUUCGAGCCCUGGCCGUUCUCUCCAAUGCUCAUUUCCUCUCCGCUGGAAAUGAUGGACACAUCAUUCACUGGGACGUCGCAUCUGCUUCAGUUCUCGGAAAAUUCAGCACCAACGCCCACGACUUUAUAUAUAGUAUGACGCUGAGUGAUUCGCAUAUUUUGACGACUGGAGAAGAUGGAACGCUCGAGUUUUGGGCGAUGGAUGCUGAUAAGAAUGGACAGUUGGCGGUCAGAUCGGAGGAAGUCGUUCAGCUACCCUCGUCGGCCACGUGGGAUGCAAAAGUGCUUCCGAAUUCGGACAUUGCUGUUGCUGGAAGUGACGGAAGGAUCUACAUCAUGUCUAAUGAGCCAGAACGCCAAGCAGCUACAGAAAUUCGAGAAGCGUUUGAUGCGGAAGUCGUUGCGAAGAUCACUCAGAAAAUGGAUCGUAUGCAAGAGGAGGCUUCCGAUGUUGUCACCAUCAAAGUGGACAUUGAUGAUCGACCGACUCAAUUGGAGCUUCGCUAUCGAAAAGGAACGGAUCCAGCGCUGUGCGCUCAAGAGUUCAUUCAGGAUAAUCAAUUGUCAAUUCAUCAUUUGGAUGAGAUCAUCAGUUUUAUCAAGGUAAGUGUUAAGCAGGAAUUGAAAUUGAAAACUGUAAUUUUUCAGCAAAGAAUCCCAGAAGCCCGCGCAUUCGACAUCAAGUCUGGCAAGAAGGUUCUGGUGGACGGAGAGGAGUACGAUUACGCGUUGAGUGUCACUCUUGGACGGGGAGCUGCGGAAAUGAAAAUGCCGUUUAAUAUCAACGAAAGUCCCGAAUUCGCCGCCCAGCGAUUUGUAGAGAAGAACAAAUUGCCAAUUAACACAAUCCCGGUGUUAGCUGGAAUGAUUAGCACGGAGAUGGACAAGCUGUCGAGAGGACAAAGUGCUUCGCAAGCCGGUUACGAAGACCCAUUCACUGGCCCUGGAAGAUAUGUGCCAGGAGGAUCUUCGAACAACGUGCAAAGCGCCGCGGAUCCAUUCACAGGCUCUGGUCGUUAUGUUCCAGGAAGUAGCAACGCUGGAGGAAUGGAUGGAUUCUCUGGAGAUCCGCUGACCGGUGAUGGAGGAUAUCGUGCUGCAAAGGAGAACAAUGGGAAACAUGCUGUGCCACUUUCAUCACUUCCACAGGACAAAAAGAAGCCACGAGGACCACUGGUACCAGUUCCUGAAUAUAUGAUUAUGGGGCUUGCGGGUAAAGGAGACAAGGCGAUUGCAAAGCUGAAGGAAUUGAACGAGAACCAAGAUGCUUUCCGAUUGAAUUCCGACCAAAUCAACUGUCUUGAAGAGCUCUUCCUUCUCCCAUCAUCCUCCAACUACUCGUCAGAUCUUGCUCAAUCUGCAUUCGACACUGCUCUUCAGUGGAGUGUCGAUAAUCUGGUGCCAGUCCUCGACUUCUUCCGAAUCGCUCUCACCCAUGAAUCCUUGAAUUCCUACUUCUGCGCCAGAGACAAAGGACGUGAUCUAGUGGAGAGAUUGAUUGCAAUUCUGGUCUCAGAUCCAACAGAUCUUUCUUUGAGAGUUAUGGUCUGCCGAUGCAUCGCCAACGCAUUCGCCCAUCCUGCUGGUCGGAAGCUUUUCGCAGCGACUGAGCUUUCCACGUUGGCUCCAUUGGUAGUCCACCAGUUUCUCAGCGAUAAGCCGGUGCUUCAGUUGUCCGCUGCCACCGCCUUGGCUAACUGGUCAUUGGCUCUUCUACAACAAUCCGAGAAGGUUCAGGAGUUGGGACCAAAGGAGGAUCUACUGAGAGCUAUUGUAGAUGUAAGUGUUUUUAGAGGACUGAUGGAGUUUUAUUUGUUUAUUUUUCAGAAAAUCGAAACCGUCAGCUCAUUCGGAUACAUCAGUGAGGAUUCUCUUACACGUCUCCUUCAAUCCAUUGUCACCGUGAUGUGGGGAGAUUCUGCUGUGAUUCGGCUCGCCAAGAAUCGUGGUCUCGCCGCUAUUGCCGCUCGUCUUAAAGAUGCCGCUCAAGGAGAUCCAUGCAAAAACAUUGCCCGUGAUAUCGUCGAAAUGACAUAUGCGGUUUAA